UUUCUCAAGUUUGUAUAACCAUAAUUCUAAGUCUUUCAAGAGCCCAAAAUGUCUACCAAACACUUGGUUUUGUUGCUUCUCGCAGUGGUGCUUCUCACUACUCACUCUCUGGCUGAUCACCAUAAGCCACCACACAAACCACCGCACAAACCUCCUUCAGCUGAGGAGACUUCCCUGGAUUCAAAUUUGGAUGGCAAACCUCCCAAGGGAUACAAGCCACCACCAAAACACAAGCCACCUACCUCAUUGGACGGGAUUGAUGAGGAAAAACCCCCACACAAGGAACAACCAAUAGGCCCUAAAAAACCACCACACAGGCCUCCAGCACAGGAGUCCUCACUGGAACCAAACUUAGAUGGCAAGCCUCCCAAGGGUUACAAGCCACCACCAAAACACAAGCCUCCAACGUCCAACUGAGUGAGCCUAUAGCUAGCUAGGCUCUUGUUGGUAUUAUCGUAUGUGUAAUAAAAAGAGAUGCGAUAGCUAAUAUCCUCUCCCAUCCGACUAUUGUUUAUGCAUGUACCAUUUGCUACUAGUUGGAUAUGUUCGUGUCUGUACCUGUCUUUGCUUAUUAUGAAUAUAGUCGUGCACUUUGUUCUUGUUA